CCCCCCCCCCAAAAGUGCUUUUUGCUGUAUGUAAACUACACCUCCAAUGAAACCCUAAUGCAUUCAGCUAAAGUUAUACUCAGAAGAAACUUGUCAUUAAUAUUUUACCCAAAAUACUAAAAGUGAAGGAACUAUGUAUUUAGUUUAAUAAACUAUCAAAGCAACGAUAAGAUAAAAGCAGGAUUAACAAAGAGGAAAGUUGAAAUUUAGGAAGUAGAACACAAAAAAAGAAAAAAACAUGAGUCGUUGAAAAUGCUAUUUCUUUGAAGAUAUGAAUAAAAUAGAGCAACAAAAUAAGUUUGGUGAAUAUUUGGGUUCCGUCGGUGCUUCUCGUGAUUUUCCCUGUAAACUUCGGGGCUGUGUUCAACAAAACCAUAUUAAUGGGGCUUGGUGUGGAGUUCACUCAUUUAUUAAAUUUAAAAAAAUCUGUUGACCACGGAGAUCCUGAAGCCGCGGCUUCAAAAUCUGGGGGAAAGCGCAGGGUUGAGGACUCCGACGUCAGCUGCUGCUCGUCCCGCGGAGGCAGGAGCCGGGCCCGCACCCGCACCGGGAGCUCCCGCCCGCCACGCGCGGGCCUCCCUGGGGGACGGAGCUGCCCCGGGCGCCCCUGGGGUGUGGCCGUGAGUGCCGGCGAGUACCAGGGCCUGGUGAAACACACAGGAGGCUGCCACUGUGGGGCGGUUCGCUUUGAAGUUUGGGCCUCGGCAGACCUGCACAUCUUUGACUGCAAUUGCAGCAUUUGCAAGAAGAAGCAGAAUAGACACUUCAUUGUUCCAGCCUCUCGCUUCAAGCUCCUCAAGGGAGCCGACAGCAUCACCACGUACACCUUCAACACCCACAAGGCGCAGCACACCUUCUGUAAGAGGUGCGGCGUCCAGAGCUUUUACUCUCCCCGCUCCAACCCUGGAGGCUUCGGAAUCGCACCCCACUGUCUGGACGAGGGCACCGUGCGGAGCGUGGUGGUCGAGGAGUUCAACGGCAGCGACUGGGAGAAGGCCAUGAGGGAGCACAAGACCAUCAAGAGCCUGUCUAAGGAGUGAGCCCCACCCCGCCCUGGUCCUCAGGCAGCUCUUAUCCUCCCUCAGCUCAGAUUUUGACAUAGGCUAGUUGACACCCUUCUGUCUCUUCCCAACUUUUGUGUGAUCUUUUAGAAAAAUAAAUAUUUUUAACAUUAAA